AUGGCCGCGCCCGCCCAACGCCUGCUCGUCGAUGUCCACACCCACGUCUACCUGCCCCGCUACCUCUCCUUCCUGCGCGCGCGAUCUGCCGUGCCCCGCGUCUUCACCCGCACGACCCCCGACGGCGCGUCCGAGGAGCGCCUCCUCAUCCUCGAUGCAGAGCCCAGCGGUGGACGCCCCAUGGGCCCCCAGUACUGGGACAGGGGCCUCAAGCUCGACUUCAUGAAGAGACACGGAAUAGACAUAUCCAUCGUGAGCUCUGCGAACCCAUGGCUCGACUUCCUGUCCGCCCCCGCCGCACAUGAGCUCGCCCACCAGCUCAACGACGACCUCGAGACGUACUGCUCGACGUCGCCCGCCCUCGCAGGGGGCCCGCUCAAGCAGCUGUACGGCUUCGGCCUCCUCCCGCUCGUCCCAGAGGUCACCACCGCGUCCCUGCUCGACACGGUGCACCAGAUCUCCGCCCUCCCGCAUCUCAAGGGCGUCAUCAUGGGCUCGCGCGGCCUCGGGAACGGCCUCGACGACGACGCGCUCGAGCCCGUGUGGGCCGCGCUCGAGCACGCCGGCCUCGUCGUGUUCCUCCACCCGCACUACGGCGUGGACGGGAAGGAGUGGGGCGGCAGGGACAACGGGCACGUCCUCCCGCUCGCGCUCGGCUUCCCGUUCGAGACCACCAUCGCCGUCACGCGCCUCAUCCUCGCCGGCGUCCUCGACCGCCACCCCGGCCUGCGCGUCCUCCUCGCACACUCCGGGGGCGCGCUCCCGCAGCUGUCCGCGCGCCUCGCGUCCUGCAUCGCCCACGACCCC